AUAAAUUGAUGGAGUUUCAUUACCGAUUCCGAUUCCAAUUCCGAUUCGAUCAUCACGUAAACCAUAAUACCAGGCAGUGCCUCCGCCGGCAAAUCUUUUCAUUCGCAAAUUCACACAGAAGCCCUAAAUUCUAUCUCUUCCGCCGCAACAAUUGUAACCUCCAGCCUACGCACUUUCCGGUUCAUCCCUAUCAGGAGGUACCAUGAUGAAAGACUCGGAGGCUUACAGUAGUGGUUCAUCAGGGGCAAUUGAUCCCUCCAAUAUUGGUUUUAAGCUUUUAAAGAAACAUGGCUGGAAAGAAGGAACUGGUCUUGGGAUUUCUGAGCAGGGAAGACUGGAACCUGUCGAAGCCUGUUUGAAAAAUAACAAGUGCGGAUUAGGAGCUGACAAAGGAAAGAAAAAGGUGCUAAAGCCUCAUGAUGCUAAGGACGCUACUAACUCUCACAGUGAAAAUGAUCAGGAUCCGCCCUCAAAAAAGUCGAAGUCACUCUCCAAAAAGAUGAGGAAGAUGCAGGAAUUUGAAAGAAAAUUACAAGAGAAGGAAUUUGAAAGGGCUUUUUUCAGGGAAUUUUGGCCAGAUAACGUUUGAUCAUUCACGGAAGGUAGAGAUCAUUUCUUCACAUUAAAUCAUGUGCGGCCCCUGCCCUUAUUAGUUUUUAUCAUCUAAUUUUGUACAGAUCUUAACACUUUUUUCCCCUCUUUUUUGGUAGUUGAUCAUCAUGCUGUAAAAUAGUAAAUGAAAGUGUGUUCUUUGCAUCACAAAUUAUACUAUGCAUUCUUUUAUACACAGUUUCGUAGAAGUGUACAUAUUAUGAUUUCGUAUGUUCAAUUUAAUAUAUCUAUCAUACCCAAGUGAUGAAAAAAAAAAUUAAGUGUAUGAUAUUUUGCAUUAACCUUUAUCUCCUGCCAAAAGGAACAAACAGUUGCAAGCUAAAAUUUUUAUAUACAUAGAACAAAUGGAAGAAGAUGGAAGUUUGAAACUGAAGUCUUGGUUAUAUUACAUAUAGAACUACGACUUCUUUUUCUUGUCACUUUCGGGUUUAAUAAGCUGAACAGGAGCAGCUGGUA